CAAACAGGACGGAUCGGUAUAAAUUUUAGUUGUCCCGCUCAUGUCCCAUUUGAUAUUGGGACGGAACGGGUUCGGGAUAAAAAAAUUGUGUCCCAAUAUAUCGGUACAAUUACAAACGGAACCGGAAUUUUUCGGAACAGUCCAACGGAAACGGAUUUCAUGCCCACCCCUCCUACCGGGUAUGUCAUUGUUUUUUAAAGUUGUGCAAGCUCACUCAUCUAAUCCUCACCGGUCUAUGGCGGGACGGGGGUGGCGCCGCAAAUUUCCCCAAAUUCAAGCAAUUGAGCGGGAGAAUAGCGUGGAGGGCAGCUCCUUUCCCCGAGUUUGAUUUUCCGGCCAUGGAGCUUCAGGAGCUGCCGGAGUGCCCGGUAUGCCUACAGCCGUACGGGUCCACUUCAACGAUCCCUCGAGUACUCGCAUGCGGUCACUCCGUCUGCGAGGCGUGUAUUGGGCGGCUCCCAACCGCCUUCCCGGACACCAUCAGAUGUCCAGUCUGCACCCAGCUUGUGAAGUUACCCAAACUCCUCUCUUCUCUCCCGAAGAACAUCGACCUCCUCCGCUACUCCCUCCCACAGAACAACGACCCUAUGUCACAACCUAAAACCCUAAAUUCACUGCAAGAACCCGAAAAUGACUCGUUCGUGUUCCUACCGGCUUUGUGGUCUCGCGAGUUCUACUUACAUUGGAAACCAUGGGUUCUCCCAGAAAACAGCGUAUCUACUAAACCACAAAAAUCUGGCUCUAAAAGCUAUGGGAACUUGGCAGAGGAAGUGGAAGUAUGCCUUGUUAAGGUUGGGAUCUUUAUUCACAAAGCUGAGAGUUACUCUAAGCUAAUCAAGUAUAGUUAUGAAGUGAGAGUGUUGAGAGCAUUAUAUGAAAUGAUCGAUAUGGAAAGAAAUGAAUUAGAUGUGAUUCUGAAAGCAAUUUCAAGGCAUCAUGGACGGUGCAAAGUUUAUGGAUUUUGGUAUUGUGAAGACGACAAUUUUGUGUAUUUAGUUUGCAAGAGCUUUGGGAGGAAUGUAAGUAUGUUGGCUGAUGUGGUUUCUCGUAAUAAUGGAAGUAUGAGAAGUUGGGCAAUGGCUGGGUUAGACAUUUGUGAAGCUGUGCAUAAUUUGCAUUUGCAAGGACUGAGCUUUGGCUGUUUGGGAGCUUCAUGUUUUGGCAUGGAUGAAUUUGGUCAUGCUUGUGUUGAUUUAUGUGAGACUUUGGUGGCUGUAAGGAGAGUUGGAAAUAUGAUUGUUCGUAGGGAUGGAACAUGCAAUCAAAAUCUUGUCGUAGGACUGGAAAGUGAAAAAAUGGCUGAAUGUUGGUUUGUUAGUCCGGAAGCAAUGUUUGGGUUAUUGAAAAUUGAAGGUGUCCAAGUUGGUUGUGUUUUCUCAGAAUAUGAUGUGGGAUUUGCGGCGGAUGUUUGGUCAUUAGCUUCAUUGUUGCUUUGGGUUAUUAUAGGGAAACCUUUUGCUCAAGAGAUGCUGGUUUACUUGCAAUAUUUUAUUGAACAUGUUGAAAAUCAUUCCGAUUUAUUUGGGUGGUAUACAGGGUGGAUGAAGAGGAUUAUUUGUUUAUUUGAAUGUAAAUUGAAACCUGACUUUAUAUCUUUAAGAAAUAUUCUCUGCAAGUGUUUGGAUUUCAAUCCAGAAAACCGGCCACCCGUGAUUGAACUAUGGACAAGCUUGAGGGAGGUGAUUGUGAAACCUGAUAUUGGUGUUUCAACCAACCUAAAACCGGUAACCAAGCAAACCAUUCCUCUUUGCUUUCUUUUUGGGGAGCUCAGUCUAUCAACCUGGAAGGGUAACAAACAAUCUAUGGGUGGAAAUCAAAAUAUUGAUGUUGAGGAAGUUGAAAUUUCUAAGAUUGGCAAGGAUGUUAUUGAGGGAAUCCCCGAUGGCCAGAUAAAAUGUAUUAAUCUAAUCGAACACCGUGAUUGUAUAACAUGCCUUGCUAUUGGAGGGGGGUUCCUUUUCAGCUCCUCCUUUGAUAAAGUGGUCAAUGUGUGGUCUUUGCAGAAUUACACUCAUGUACAUGCAUUUAAAGGGCAUGAGCAAAGAGUCUCUGCUGUCACAUUUGUGGAUGAUGAACAGCCUCUGUGCAUCAGUGGUGAUAAUGGGGGUGUCAUAUGCAUUUGGGCUGCUAGGGCUCCCCUGGCUCAAGAACCAAUAAAGAAAUUAUAUGAACAAAAGGAUUGGCGGUAUAGUGGCAUCCAUGCCCUUGCUGUAUCUAGAAGCAAGCAUCUAUACACCGGUAGUGGAGACAAAUCAAUAAAAGCUUGGUCACUGCAGGCAGUAUACUGUUAUCCUUUUGUUCUGGUUACAUUUAGGGACUACACAUUAUCAUGUACAAUGACCGGCCAUAAGUCAGUUGUUUCUUCACUGGUAGUUUGCAAUGAGGUUCUUUAUAGUGGAAGCUGGGAUGGAACUGUGCGGUUAUGGUGCAUUAGUGAUCACAGUCUGUUGGCAGUGCUCGGGGAAAAUAUGCCUUCAAACUUGACCUCAGUCACGUCUCUUGCUGCUGAUGAACAUUCACUUGUUGUGGCUCACCAAAAUGGCAUUGUUACGAUCUGGUAUGAUGACACAGUUCUGAAAUCUACACAAGCCCACAAUGGAGCUGUAUUCUCUGCCUGCAAGAAGGGGAGAUGGAUCUUCACCGGUGGAUGGGACAAGAGCGUAAAUGUACAGGAACUGUGUGGGGAAGGUACCCAAACAGAACCCACUGUGUUUGGAUCAAUUCCUUGUGAUUCUGUGGUAACUGCUCUUCUAUACUGGCAAGGAAAGCUUUUCAUUGGACAAGCUAAUGGUGUAAUCAAGGCAUGGCCGGUACAAACAAUGGCCGCGCUAGCCGCUGCCACAUCAUCUGCUCUCCCACACAAACAACCCCGCCUCCGCCGCAACCAUACUCCUCGCGCCACAACUCUUCCCUUCACUGAGCGCAUCGAUUUCCCUCAACUCGCUUUCCCGCCACUCUCUAAUUGCCGACGCCUCUGUCGCCGUCGUUCCGUUCACUCACACUUUCCCGUCGUUGCCUCACUCAAGGAGAACAUUGACGGGCUGGUAAAAAAUUGGAGCAGUUUUACCUCCUUGAACCACUGGAUCGUGAGAGACUAUGGUAGGCUCGUGAGAUAUGUGAAUGCACUUGAACCCCAAAUUCAGGAGCUUUCAGAUGAACAGCUGAGUGCAAAGACUGUGGAGUUUCGCAAACGAUUGAGAGAAGGAGAGUCCUUAUCUCAUAUUCAAGCAGAGGCAUUUGCUGUUGUUCGUGAAGCUGCUAAAAGAAAGCUGGGAAUGCGCCACUUUGAUGUUCAGAUUAUUGGUGGAGCUGUGCUUCAUGAUGGAGCUAUUGCAGAGAUGAAAACCGGUGAAGGGAAGACCUUAGUGUCCACAUUAGCAGCAUAUCUCAAUGCUUUGACGGGAGAGGGUGUUCAUGUCGUCACUGUUAAUGACUACCUAGCACAACGUGAUGCUGAGUGGAUGGGACGGGUUCAUCGAUUCCUUGGCCUUUCUGUCGGCCUUAUCCGAAAAGGGAUGUCAUCUGAAGAGAGGAGACUGAAUUAUGGAUGUGAUGUGACAUAUACUAAUAAUUCAGAACUUGGUUUUGACUAUCUACGAGAUAAUCUUGCUAAUAACCAUGAACAACUUGUGAUGAGAUGGCCCAAGCCUUUCCAUUUUGCAAUUGUUGAUGAAGUGGACUCAGUCCUCAUUGAUGAAGGAAGGAAUCCUUUACUAAUAAGUGGUGAGGCAAGUGAAGAUGCUGCACGAUAUCCUGUUGCUGCUAGAGUAGCUGACCUACUCAUGAGCGGUCUUCAUUACAACAUAGAGCUUAAGGAUAAUUCUGUGGAAUUAACCGAAGAAGGAAUUGUUCUUGCCGAGAUGGCCCUGGAAACAAAUGACUUGUGGGAUGAGAAUGAUCCAUGGGCAAGAUUUGUAAUUAAUGCUUUAAAAGCCAAGGAGUUCUAUAAGCGAGAUGUCCAAUACAUUGUCAGAAAUGGGAAAGCUUUAAUAAUAAAUGAGUUGACUGGACGAGUGGAAGAGAAAAGACGAUGGUCAGAUGGCAUUCAUCAGUCUGUGGAGGCGAAAGAAGGUCUCAGAAUUCAGGCUGAUUCUGUUGUUGUAGCACAAAUUACGUACCAGUCACUAUUUAAGCUAUACCCGAAGCUUUCAGGAAUGACAGGAACUGCAAAAACUGAGGAGAAAGAGUUCAUGAAAAUGUUUGAAAUUCCAGUGAUUGAAGUGCCUACAAAUUUGCCAAACAUCCGAAAAGAUCUAACUACACAAGCUUUUGCUACAGCACGAGGAAAAUGGGAAAAUGUUCGUGAAGAGAUCGAGUACAUGUUUAGACUGGGUCGUCCAGUAUUAGUUGGGAGCACGAGUGUUGAAAACUCUGAAUAUCUAUCUACCUUACUGAAGAAAAGGAAAAUUCCACACAACGUCCUUAAUGCACUACCCAAGUAUGCUGCUAGAGAGGCUGAAAUUGUUGCACAAGCAGGGAGAAAGAAUGCUAUCACCAUUUCUACUAAUAUGGCUGGGAGGGGGACUGACAUUAUCCUUGGAGGAAAUCCCAAGAUGCUUGCAAAGGAAAUUUUGGAAAACAGCUUAGUUUCUUCUCUCACACAAUAUACUCCUCAAACUGACAUCGAUGACGGAGGAAUAAAUUUACAAAAGGUCUUAUCAAGAAUAAAAGUGGGACCAUCAUCUCUAGCUUUGUUAGCUAAGACAGCUCUGUUGGCUAAGUAUGUAUGCAAAAAUGAGGGUAAGAAAUGGUCGUAUGAAGAGGCAAAAUCUAUGAUUUCUGAAUCUAUAGAAAUGAGUCAAUCCAUUGGUUUGGGAGAGCUGUUGAAGCUUUCUGGUGAUCAAUCAGAAAUGUACCCUCUUGGCCCAUCCAUGGCACUUACAUAUUUAUCUAUCUUAAAGGAUUGUGAGUCCCACUGUUUGAACGAGGGUUUAGAAGUGAAAAGACUUGGAGGCUUGCAUGUGAUAGGGACAUCUUUACACGAAUCAAGAAGAAUUGAUAACCAGCUUCGAGGAAGAGCAGGCAGACAAGGGGAUCCUGGAUCAACAAGAUUCAUGGUUAGCUUGCAGGAUGAGAUGUUUCAAAAGUUUAACCUUGAUACUGAGUGGGCUGUGAAGCUCAUAUCUAGGAUUACUAAUGAUGAAGAUAUUCCAAUUGAAGCUGAUGCCAUUGUUAAACAGCUUUUGGGCUUGCAAAUCAAUGCGGAGAAGUACUUCUUUGGCAUUAGAAAGAGCCUUGUGGAAUUCGAUGAAGUUCUCGAGGUGCAAAGAAAACAUGUCUAUAAUCUUCGCCAAUUAAUAUUAACGGGUGGUUUCGAAAGUUGUUCACAGAAUAUUUUGCAGUACAUGCAGGCUGUGGUAGAUGAGCUAGUUUUUAAUUGUGUAGAUCCACAGCAGCAUCCAAGCAAGUGGUUUUUGGGUAAACUUUUGACGGACUUUAAAGGAUUAGCUGAAAAGAUAUUGAAUGAUUCUUUCUUGAGAGUUACCGAGGAAGCUUUGCUGGAUUCACUUCUUCAAAUUGGUGAAAUGGAUAAUGUAACUAUUGAUAACUUCUGUUUACCAAACUUGCCUGCAACACCAAUUCCUUUCAGAGGAAUCCGUGGGAAAAAUGCUUCAUUGAAACGAUGGCUAUCCAUAUGCAUUGAUGACUCAAUCAAAGAUGGAAAGUACAGAGUGACAGUUAAUUACCUUCGCAAGUACCUUGGAGACUUUCUGAUUGCCUCCUAUUUGAAUGUCAUACAAGAAUCUGGUUAUGACGCUCUAUAUUCAAAGGAAAUAGAGAGGGCUGUGCUUUUGAAGACUAUAGAUUGCUUUUGGAGAGAUCAUCUUGUAAACAUGAACAGGCUAAGUUCAUCAGUGAACGUGAGGACUUUUGGGCACAGAAACCCACUGGAAGAAUACAAGAUUGACGGUUGUCGUUUUUUCAUCUCAAUGCUUAAUGCGACCAGGAGGCUAACUGUGGAAUCACUUUUGCGCUAUUGGGCAUCGCCAAUGGAAUCUCAAGAAUUAUAUGUUUAGGGUCUUCAUUUCUUCAAUAUGCUGGUAGUAUAAUAAUACAUGCUACUCCCACUACUCGCUCAAGCUCAAUCACACAGCUAUCAUCUUUUCUGCAACUUUCAGAAAAUUGAGGAUGUUUUCCUGUCUGUGGUUUGGUCUCCACGCGCCUCAAGUACAUGCCAUUCAUAGGCAAAAUUUUGAAGUAAUAGACGUCCGAGAAGCUCUGAUCGAUCAUAUUUCUUAGUCAAGUUCUGGGCUGAGGUGUACUUGUGCAGAAAAGGUAGAGAAAACACCAUGCAAUAGUGUUUGCAUGAGUAAUGGUU